AUGAUGCCCACAGCAAUGACCAACUCUCCAAGACUUCGACCUCGGAGCAUGUCAUUGAAGAAGGUGCUAGACCUGCUGAAGGACCCGGAACACCUAUUCAAAUUGCAUUUUCGGUCUGACUUCGAGCGCACGGCAUGCGAGCGCUUGCUGCACGACCGCUACUUGCUAACCUGUGGCAUGAAGGCUGUCAUCGGUGCUGCCCGAGAACGCAUGGGCAUCGCUGGAGGACACAUUUCAGAAAGUCUUUCAGCGAAGCUUUUCCGUGAGGCCAAAGUACAUAAAGUUUUCCGUCUGAUGGGUGUCGAUACGACCCAGUUCCUGGGUCUUCAUUGCGGCACCUUCUACAAUGUGGGAUUUGGUCGCAAACAAAUGACUACAGACUUCUACCUGCGUAUCUUCAUACCGACUUUUAGCAGAGAACUGGAGGCUCUGGUGGAAAGCACUCAGCCUUUCUAUAAUCUCCUGAUCGCGCCCGUGGUAUUGAUGAUCUUCCGAAAGGAUACAGUCUUUGGCAGCGUUCGGGAUCGCAUCAUUGUUGAACAUGUAAUGGCUCACAAGAACCUCUUUCGGCAAGAUCUCAGGCAGGCCCCUAUGGGCGAGAGGAGGCCUCUUAAAGCAAUAGAGAGGAAAGAGGCUACAGGAGACUAG